AUGGCCUUCAAUCUAAACCCCAGCCUUGGCCUGAGUCUUUCCGGCUGCAAGGUACCCGAAAGCGUGGUGGCGGAGCUGCUCCAUGGCCCCGCCUCCACCACCACCCCAGGCGGACAGCGGCAGGAAACGGAGCUGGAGGAGAUGCUACGCGGAAUGGAAAUCAGCAAGAAACCUCGCGGUGGAAAGGACCAGAACUUGGCCAUCGAGUUUCGGUACCCGAUGAUUGACAAUCCCUACGUCCUGGGCAAGAUCAUUUUCGCCGAGGCAGUCGGCAGUCUCUGCGCCAAGGGCAUCACGGAUUGUGAGAAAACGAUGAUGCUCUUCUGCAGGCCCCCUGAUAUGAGCAAAGCCAUGGUCAGUGGGCUGUUCUCGGUUAUGUCGGACGGCUUCAGGGAGAGCUGUAUGCACACCGACGGGGUGCAGACUUGGGCCUCGUACAAGUCCCAUAGCACUUUCAUCGUCGGCGCAUUGGCCUCGGCCUACUGGCCGCAACACCUAUAUGUGGCACGCGACAACGCUCUGGAUGGUGAUGUCCUUGUGCUGACCAAGGCUCUGGGCACCCAGGUGGCCAUCGAUGCGUAUGAGUCUAUCUAUGAUUUGAACCGCUGGGACCUCUACGCUUCGUUCCUCUCCAAGGAUGAUGUCCGUGUGGCCUAUCGUCAGGCCCUCCACUCGAUGUGUCUACUCAAUCGCAAGGCCGCUAACCUCAUGCACGUGCACAAUGCCCAUGGGGCCAUGGCUGUGUCCGGGUUGGGUAUCCUGCACCAUGCCAACGAACUGGCUUUGGUCCAAAAGGAGCCAGUGUCGUUUGUCAUUGAUACUCUGCCGGUGAUCAAACACACGGUAGCUGCCGCCAAAGGAGCCGCCGGCGGCGGUGUGAGCCCCCUGCUGCAGGGACUUUCUCCUGAGACUUCCGGUGGUCUGCUCAUCUGCAUGCCACGUGAUGACGCCGUUGCCUUUUGCAAGUUUUUUGAUGAAUACGGUGGCAGCCCGGCCUGGAUUAUCGGCACUGUCCAGAGUGGCCCCAAGAUGGCCUCCAUCAUCAAGAAUGUAAAAAUCAUCGAGGUUUCUAAUUAG